AUGGUUCCAAUUCAAGAAAUCUUGUCUCAAAAUACUUCACAGCAAACUUCUGCUACAAUAACUCCAAUUGAAGUACCUAGUAGUAUAAGCCUUGCAGAAUUCAUUUUUUACAGAAUUACUCAAGCCAACCCAAAGUUGAAAACAAUUUUUGGCAUUCCUGGUGACUUUAAUCUCAAUUUUAUAGACCAUGUUUAUUCACCGGUUGUUGCCAACAGGGGUGUAAAGCUUAUUAAUGUAUGCAAUGAAUUGAAUGGGGCUUAUGCUGCAGAUGCUUAUGCUAGAGUUAUCGAUGGGUUAUCAGUAUUAAUCACAACUUAUGGUGUAGGAGAAUUGUCUGCAAUAAAUGGUAUUGCUGGUGCUUUUGCCGAGUAUAGUCCCGUUUUGCAUAUUGUUGGUAUGACUUCAUUAAAGCAGCAAGAAGAAGGAAAAAGUCAAGUGAAAAACUUGCACCAUCUUCUUCCUAAUCAUGACUGUUUCAAGACCCCUGAUCAUUUAGUUUAUGAAAAGAUGAUUGACGCAAUUUCUUGUGCUAAAGAAACGUUAACUUCUGACAUGGAUGAAAAUUCAGAAAAGAUUGAUAAAGUUUUGAAAAAGAUUAUCCAAGAAAGACGACCAGGUUAUUUGUUUAUUCCUUGUGACAUACCUGAUUUGCAAAUAUCGUCGCAACUGCUAUUUGCAAAUCCAUUUUCGCUGGCUUCCAAAUACGAAAACACUGAAAUCUUUUCAAAAUUGUUGGAUACAAUUUCUGAUGAAAUUUUGGUCAAGUUUUAUGAGUCUAAAAACCCGUCAGUUUUGUCUGAUUGUUUAACCACUCGAUUCGGAGCUCAAAAGCAACUUGAUAAUCUUAUUGAAAAAUUACCCGAGUCGGUGAAAAUUUUCACAUCCAAUUUUGGAAGAAAUGUUGACGAAACAAAGAGCAACUAUGCUGGUGUCUAUAAUGGUGGCGGAUCGGCUACACCCAGAGUUCAGCAGCUUCUUGAGUCGUCUGAUUUCUUGCUUCUCCUUGGAUAUUACAAUACCGAAAUGAACAAUGGCACUUUUUCCACCGAUUUUUCACGUAUCAAAGACGUUGUCAUUUUGCACCCAGAUUAUGUUCAGGUCAAUGGCAAAACGUACAAUAUCAAGCAAUCUGAUGGAGAAAGAUUGUUUCAAAUUGGUUCACUUUUGGAGGUUUUGGCUGAGAAGUUUGAUGCGAAUAAAUUAGUUGCAACCAAGCCCUUUGAAGAGCAUUAUGAAGCUUCAAACCAAUACCGAGCAUCAGAAUUGGAUUCUCAGUUUGUACCACAGGACAAAUUGACUGACCACUUUAAUCAAACUUUUCAACCCGGGGACUUGUUUAUAGUGGAUACAAUGUCAUUUGUGUUUGGUUUACCUGAUGUAAAAUUUACCAAAGGUGUGAAACUUCUUUCAUCUACAGCGUGGGGAUCGAUUGGGUGGGCACUACCUGCCUCUUUUGGCGCGACUUUUGCAUCUAAUGACUUGCAUAUGAAUGGCAGAAUUAUUUUAGUCCAAGGUGACGGAGGAGCGCAAAUGACUGUACAGGAAUUGUCAAGCUUUAUCAGAUACCACGAUAUAUUACCAAACAAGCCUCAAAUUUAUAUGAUUAACAAUUAUGGAUACACUAUUGAGCGUGCAAUCAAAGGUCCAAACAGACCAUAUAAUGACAUUAACGCUAAUUGGAAAUGGUGCGAUUUACUACUGACGUUUGGCGGUGAAGAGGGAAUAACUCAUGAAUCAAUCAAACUCAAUAAUGUUGAGGAAUUUGACGCUUUUUUUGCAAAGAGAGCUGCUCUGCAUCAAGACAUGUCCAAGUUGAAGUUCUACGAGGUCAUUUGCGGUAAGUAUGACGUACCUUCAAAAGUAUCCAAAUUGAUCAAGAAGUAG